UUUCUAAUUGGUCCUGGGGGGGAGGCCGGGGAUUUGGGCAGGAGGCUGAUUCUCCGAUCAUUUCAUUGGUUCUCUGUCAUUUAAUAGAAAGUGGAGGGGAAUGAGGAGAGACAAGUCACUGAGUGUCUAUAGGAAGGAGAUCAUUGCCCCACAGUCUCACUCCAGCCUGGGGCAACACGUGGUACAAGAUCUACUGACAGCGGAGGCUGACACUUGUGCGACCCCAGAGCUUCUGUCACCGACCCCGAGCAUCUUUAGCCCGUGUAGCUCCAGACGUCUAUACCCAGGGAAUGGGGGACCCUCUUGUUACUCUACAUCUCCUUGUCAUCUCCUGAGCAUCUGUAGCGCGACCCCAGCUCCUGCCGACCCCAAGAGGAGAAAUCUCUUUCGCUCCCCCCAAUUCCCUGAAGUUCUAUAAAGAAGGAAGAGAAACUGCCCCAAUUGCUCUUUUUUUUUGGGGAAUUCGGGAGAAAAACAGAUCAACAUCUAACGAGCGAGCGGAUUGGACGAGCCGGUUGGUUCCAGCGGAGAUCGCGCCCGACUGCGACAACUAGUUCAGCUGAAUAUCGGGGGCUUGGACUUCAGUCUCGGACAUUGGGGGUCCAUGGGCAGAUGUGGGGGGUUAUUACUGCACCAGAUUCUCAUUAAGGAUUAUUGGGGACGCCGAGAGGACUUUUGGGGGGUCUGGAUGGUCAUUAAGGACCAGAGAAGCUCCUAUUGACUCUGCCCAUGUCUAGUGCUGCUGCAGGGGAGUGAGGAAUCACAUGAAGUUGGGUGGGAGGGAGACAAGAGAAUCAGCAGCCCCCCCCAUUCCACACCCCAUCCCCCACACACACCCCUACCCCCCCCCACAGGCUGCAGCCCCCCAGCUCUUGACCAGGGGAGUGGAGCAGAAGUUGCAUCACUUUAGCACUUGGAGCUGAGUCUGGAGCAGAGGAGCAGUUUGGGGGCAGGAGGGAACCCAGAGGAACUGGAGCAGAUUUUAAUUGGGUGACAUCAACCGCUGCCAAGGGGGUCGUUAGGUGGAGACUGAUCCUCGUACCCGUUUCCCCCAGACCUGAAUUUAGGAGACAGAAUUUACCUUGGAGCUAAAUUCGUUGGAGCUUCCCCCUUCUGUGGAGCGAAUCUACUAGAGGAGACACUACUUUAAGUGGAGCUGAUUUCUGGGGGAGCCCAUUCUUGGAGCUGAAUAGGGGGGACCCCAUUUUCCUGGAGGAGCUGAGGAAGGAGCUGGGGCAGCCUGUGCAUUCGGAUUGUUACCAUCUAACACCCAGGGAUUUGGGGCUGGAUCCAGGUCGGGCUGGGGAUGCAGCAGUGGAGCUGAAGGAUGGAGGUUUUGUGGCUUUUCCUCUUCUCUCUCAUCCCAAGGAGCAGCAGGGGACAAGGAGUGUAUGCCCCGGCUCAGGCACAAAUCAUUCACGCAGGACAGGCGUGCGUGGUAAAAGAAGAUAACAUCAGCGAGCGAGUUUAUACCAUACGGGAGGGGGACAUCUUGGUUCUGCAGUGUCUGGUGACAGGCCACCCGCGACCUCAGGUACGAUGGACAAAAACUGCUGGCAGUGCCUCUGAGAAAUUCCAGGAAACCUCCAUCUACAAUGAAACACUUCGCAUCGAGAAGGUCCAGAGGAUGCAGGGAGGUCGAUACUAUUGUAAAGCCGAGAAUGGGGUUGGGGUCCCGGCCAUCAAGUCCAUUCGAGUAGAUGUGCAGUAUCUGGAUGAACCCAUUCUAACCAUUCAUCAGACCAUCAGCGAUGUCCGAGGGAGCUUCUACCAAGAAAAGACCGUUUUCCUGCGCUGCACUGUCAGCUCCAAUCCACCGGCGCGCUUCAUCUGGAAACGGGGUUCCGAGAUUCUCUCUCACAAUCAGGACAAUGGAGUGGAUAUUUAUGAGCCACUGUAUACACAGGGUGAAACCAAAGUACUGAAGCUGAAGAAUUUGAGGCCCAAAGACUACGCCAAUUACACAUGCCAAGUAUCUGUACGGGAUGUUUGUGGGAUCCCGGAUAAAUCCAUCACUUUCUGUCUCACUAACAGAACAGGGGCAGCUUGGUGGGGCCGAGCAGGACUUGCCAAUCAGGUGUAUAGAAGCAAGAGAUCCAUCCAGACUCCCUUAAGGACCAAUGCAGAGGCUGCACCACCCGCACUGAAGUUGUCUGUCAAUGAGACGUUGGUAGUGAAUCCCGGAGAUAAUGUAACCAUGCAGUGCUCACUCACGGGAGGAGACCCACCCCCUAAGGUCGUCUGGUCACACAACCAAAAUGUAAUGCCAUCCAAGGGGGGAAACCUCACCAUAUGGAACAUUCGUCCUGAAAAUUCUGGAUACUAUAAUUGUACCACCACCAACAAUGUGGGGAAUCCUGCGAAGAAGACGGUCAACCUCUUAGUGAGAUCCAUGAAAAAUGCCACAUUUCAGAUCACUCCUGAUGUCAACAAGGAAAGUGAGAACAUCCAGUUGGGUCGGGAUCUGAAGCUGUCGUGCCAUGUUGAUGCCAUUCCACAGGAGAAAGUUGUGUAUUCUUGGUUCAAAAACCAACGGACUGUGGUGCCCUCUAGACGGCGACUGGAGAUCAGUAGGAAUGACCCAGAUCUCCCUCCAGACACCAGUAGCUUGGAUUUCUUUGACUUGCGUUUCAGUGACUAUGGCACUUAUAUGUGUGUCGCCUCAUUUCCAGGAACACCUACCCCUGAACUAAGUAUUGAGGUCAAUAUAUCUGCUGAAACAGUGCCCCCCACACUGACGGUCCCUAAAGGACAGUCCAUCAUCACAGUUCGAGAAGGAUCCAGAGCAGAGUUACAGUGUGACGUACGAGGGAAGCCCAAACCGCCUAUUCUUUGGACACGGGUGGACAAAGAAGGACCUUUACCCACUGGAGAAAUGAUAGCAGAAACCUAUGAUGGGAAAUUAAGGCUGGAGAAUGUAACCCGGGAAAUAAGUGGGACAUACAAGUGUCAGACGGCAAGAUACAAUGGAUUUAACAUCCGACCCCGGGAAGCCACGGUACAGCUGAAUGUUCAGUUUGCCCCUGUGGUGGAACCCAAGUUGCAGGAGAUCCGCCAGUCCAUGCACAGUAGCUUCACAAUGAGAUGCAACCUGCUGAAGGGGAGCCCGCUCAAACUAGCCACCGCUGUGUGGAGAUACAACAGGAACCUGCUCAAUGUGUCCCCCAAUGAGCAGCAAGAAUAUUCAGAACUGAGGAUAAACAGCCUGACCCAGAAGACCAGUGGUACAUAUGAAUGCAUCGUCUCUAAUGACGUUGGCUCUGACUCAUGCGUCUUUCAGGUGACUGGGAAGGCCCUCAGUCCCGAGUUCUACUAUGAUACCCCAAGCCCAAUUAAGGUCUUCAAGCAGUUUAGGAACUACUCAUAUUUGCUUCAGUGGACCCAGAAGGAGCCUGGUGCUGUGGAUCCAAUUACAAGCUACAAGCUGGAAUACCGACAGACAACCCUGAGAAAUAUAAUGAGUAAGGACAUCCCAGUUCGGGGGAUCCAGAAGGGGCUACUCCAGCAGUACCUGCUGACAGAUUUGAAAGCAAACCAGAGCUACGAGGUUCAGCUGACACCAUACACCAGUUUUGGAGCUGGAGACUCUGCCUCCAGGAUCAUCCGAUACACAGAACCCAAUUCUCCUAACCCAUCAGAUAACACGUGUCGGUUUGAUAAUGAGAAGAUAUGUGGGUUUGUGCAGGACAGGAGGGACAACUUUGAUUGGACACGGCAGAGCAUGCUGACGGAGAAUCCCAAGAGAACGCCCAACACAGGGCCCGUUAUGGACCGCAGUAACACCCCAGAAGGUUACUACAUGUUUAUUGAAGCCUCUCCGCCCCGUGUGCCAGGGGAGAAAGCUCGGUUGAUCAGCCCCAUGUACAACAUGAGCACCAGGCCCCCCUACCACAGGACCCCCUUCUGCAUCUCAUUCUACUAUCACAUGUACGGGAGACACAUAGGAAAUCUGAACCUGCUGAUGCGGGCGAGGAAUAAAGGUACCAUGGACACCCAGGUGUGGAGCCUGAGAGGUGACAGAGGGAACAGAUGGCAGCAUGCGAUGGUCCCCAUGAACCCCACAGGGCCGUUUCAGGUUGUGUUUGAAGGUGUAAGAGGCUCAGGAAUAGAAGGGGACAUUGCUAUUGAUGAUGUUACAGUGAGAAAAGGAGACUGUCCAUGGAAGCAGCUAUCACCAACUAAAGAUGUGAUUCCUCCUGGAAGCCCAGCCUGUAAGGUCUUCUCUAUGGCUCUUCACUGGGCACUCGCCUUCUUUCUCUUUGUGCUGCUGAGAUGAUACUGAGCCAAUGACGCUGCUGUAUUCCAACGAAGGUUCCCCAACCUCGCAUCCUUUCCUCCUCCUGUCCUCCUGCGUUGCAGACACACCAAAGUGUCCAUAGUUACCAAAGACCAACAAGCAUGACCGCUUGAAGGACCCCCAAUAAGCAUAAUCAGACUGGGAGGCUUCCUUGGAGAAAGGUCAUCGUAUCUCCACAAUGAGUUGAAAGGAAUAUAAAAUUGAAGAAAAGGAUAGAAUCGAGGGGAAUAAGUGAUGGAGUAAAGAACUUUUCUUUGAGAGAUGACUUUGUAUCCACAUUGAGUUGUGGUUAAAAAGCAACAAACAAACUUUGAUGAAAAUAUAAGCACAAAUUUCUAUCUGGACUAUUCUGGGAUGGGGGGGGGGGACAAUGGCUAUUAAUCCGCUCAAGGUUAGUGGAGGUAACGUGGAAGAAAUUCCAGCUGCUGCAUUCUAAUUUUCUAAGUAGAUUUCUUUUCUCGUGCUGCUGCGUCCCAUCUGCGUUCAUGUAGUCUCACGCCAGUUGCAUGUGCUUCCGUGCCCAUGUUUCCAUAUAACCUCAUGUAGGCUGACGCUCAUAGUAGACAUGUUUGUUGGAGAAAGGGAACUUUUACUCUGCUGGCCUUUGGAAAAAUGAUCCCUUCCACAUCAAAUGUGUAUAGACCUAGCAGAAGGGGAAGGUGAGGAAAUUCCCCAUGUAUUCCGGUAGUUUUGGAUCCAUAUUCACCUUACCUUGGUCUUCCCUCUUGUCAUGCUACUGUUAACAUACAUCUCAUUUUAUCUAGAGAGUCAUUUGCUGGUCAGGAAGACCGCAACAAGGAUGGUGAAACAAAAUGGGUUCAUUGCUUUAGCAGAGAUAUUAUGAGGAAGGGCAAGUCGAUGUCCUCUUCUUACUAUUCGAGACAAUAAUAUAUUGACAGGGAAAGUGCCCGGUAAUCAUUACAAAUCCAGGGAUGUCAUCAAAUUGUAUUUAGGUUUAUGAGGCAACAUCAACACCCUACGGCUCCUAGGAUUAAGAGAUGGAAUCAAGUUCCAUCUCUUGGACCAAUCAAAUGUCUUAACCAAAUUUUAAGGUCCUAACUCAACAAGUAACUUUCUGUUUAGAAAGCUCAAAGUGUCCAUGGGAACGAGGUGAAGAAAGACUUGAGAAUCUGGUGUCUGUUGGACUGAAGCCACCUCAGAUAAUUGCGCAAUGUAAAGAUACAGAACGUUUAAGGGAAGCUCUUUUUUCUUUUUUUCUUUUUAAAGAAAAAAAUCUAUAUAUGGAAAAGUUAUAAAUGUAUUCUGCACAGAUAUUUAUCUUACAGACCCAUCAGCUGUUUUUUUGGCAACCUCAGAUCACAUAGAACGUGGGAAGGUUGAGACUGCACUGAAGGGGCCCUGGGAGGGACAAUCUACGGGUGAGUGUGUUGCAACGAGUCAGUGGCCGUGUGUCAGUAAUGAGGGAUUUAUUUGUACACGACAUUUACCAAUCAAUAAUAUUCCACAGGUGCCUAUGGGGAAAAAAAAUGUUCCUUAAUAAAUGUCUAGAAUUUGUUUUGUUUGUUUCUUUGAUUUUAAUAAUGACAGAAUUUAAUAAAAUGCACAACGUA